AUGGCUCACCUCCUCUCCCCCCUCCCAAUCACCGCCGUCGCCGCCGUCGCCGCCGUCUCCCCCUCCCGCUUCCGCAUCCCCGCCGUCUCCGUCGCGCGGCGUCAGGCGCUCUUCGGCGGAAGAGUAGGGUUGAGGGUGCCCGCGAGACUGUCAACGAGGGGAGUGAGCGCCGGCGCGGAGGCGGGCGUGCCCGCAGCUCGAGCGGCCGCGGUGAUUAGCCCUGAGGAGGCCGUGGAGUGGGUCAAGAAGGACAGGAGGCGCCUGCUCCACGUCGUCUACCGCGUCGGCGAUCUUGACAAGACUAUCAAGUUUUAUACGGAGUGCUUAGGGAUGAAGCUGCUGCGGAGAAGGGACAUCCCGGAGGAGAGGUACACCAACGCCUUUCUUGGGUACGGACCAGAGGACUCGCAUUUUGUUGCGGAGCUCACUUACAACUAUGGUGUCGAAAGUUACGAUAUUGGGUCUGGUUUUGGUCAUUUUGGAAUUGCUGUUGAGGAUGUCGAAAAAACAGUGGAACUUAUUAAAGCCAAGGGAGGAACAGUAACAAGGGAACCAGGUCCGGUAAAAGGUGGAAAGUCAGUCAUUGCCUUCAUUGAAGAUCCUGAUGGUUACAAGUUCGAGCUUAUAGAAAGAGGUCCCACACCUGAGCCUUUGUGCCAAGUAAUGCUUCGAGUGGGAGAUCUUGAUCGUGCUAUAAGUUUUUAUGAGAAGGCAUUUGGUAUGGAACUUCUUCGCAGGAAAGACAAUCCUCAAUACAAGUAUACCAUUGCUAUGAUGGGAUAUGGCCCUGAAGACAAACAUGCUGUACUGGAGUUGACAUACAAUUAUGGUGUCAAGGAAUAUGAUAAAGGAAAUGCUUAUGCACAGAUUGCUAUUGGUACUGAUGAUGUCUACAAGACCGCAGAAGUUGUUAGACAAAACGGGGGACAAAUAACUCGUGAACCUGGUCCAUUACCUGGCAUUAGUACCAAGAUAACUGCCUGCACAGAUCCAGAUGGCUGGAAAUCAGUAUUUGUUGACAAUCUAGAUUUUCUCAAGGAGUUGGAAGAAUGAGUUUUCAGGAAGAUAUCA